AUGCAUAAAAGUGACGACGUGUUCAAUGAUACAUCGCGUCACUUGAUCAGGAGAAAAUCUUCAGUUAAGAAUAAUAAGAAAGAGUCGAAAGAUUUGUUAGUUAAUUGUGAUAAUAAAACAAGUCAUUGCAAUCGUUAUGUGGCAAAGGCUUUGAUUAGUGGUCAGAACCGAAGCAAAUUGUCGAUUGAUGAUGAAAGUUCACAUCCAAUAAACGGUGCCAGUACAAAUAAUAAAAGUGAACGCAAACGGAAUAUAAAUAUGGUGAACGAUGGGGAUAAGAAAUCAGAGAGUGGGUUGAUGUUGGAUGAGAAAGAUGCGAGGGACAAUAUGAAAAGAAUGAAAGUCGAUGUGAUUGUUGAUGACCGGGACGAAAAUAAAAGAAAAAUGUAUCAAAUUUAUCAGCCUUGGGUCAUCCACACAUACGGUGAUCUGUCCAAAAGCAAGACGAUAACAUCAAAAAAACAAUCACGUAUCGUAAGCGCUUUGAAAGGUUUGGAGACCAAUCGUCCCGACAGUUCCAAAUUCAGAUUUUGGGUGAAAUCAAAAGGAUUCAUGAUGCAAUUGCCGGUUGAGUUUCAACACGUUAAACAAAAUCAAAUUGGUGACGAUGGCUGCCUGCUUUUUAUUCCAAGCAAAACUGAUAUAAAUAAUAUUUCAUACAAGCGUGUUGCUGUCGUUGAAUAUUUUUUUAACAUCAUCUAUAAGGUUCAUUGCUCUGUGGGUGAAGGUGAAGGACGUCAUGUCGGCCAAAAACGAACAUAUCGAAAAAUAACUGAAUGCUAUGCAUUCCUGCCACGUGAAGCUGUGACAAAAUUUCUGACACAUUGCAACGAAUGUCGUAAAAGCAUGAAAUCAAUGAGUGUGCAGGAAAUAUCUGAAGUCGAUCAACAUCAACGUAAUGAAAAGAAUCUGUCAGAUGACGUACCCAAAAAUCCGGCAUCAUUUUCAGAUGAAAAUUAUCCUAAAAAUAUGAAAAAUUAUUUGUCAUUGCUUCAUUUACUUUAUGAGAAGUCGUCGGCGGCAUCGCUGUUGAAUCGAAUUCAAGAGCAAUCAUGCGAGAAGACAUUUGAGCCUUUCAAAGAAAACAUCGACGGCAAUCAAAUCGGUAACAAUGGAAAUUCUAAUCAGCAACAACAAGUUCAUAGGAAGAACAUUAAUAUCAACAUAAAGAAUGAAUCAGAGUUAGAUAAUUCAAUAAGUGACGUAGGAAGAGCGGUCGGGGGUGAAAGAAGCCUUGGAAACAUCGUCAUAAAUUCCUUGGAUGUUUCAAUUAAUGUUGCGGGUAAAGCGAACUACUGCAGUAGCUAUGGAAAUAAUAUUAAUAAUGUUCGAAUCUCUUGCUCGACCACACCACCAUUACAUCAUUCGAAAUAUGUUCCCUUGCCUUUAUCAUCUCCCGAUACGCAACAAUUAGUGACGUCUUCGUCAUCAGAACCUAACGAAGAAGAAAAUAAUUUUGAUAGAAAUCGACUGGUCAACUCAUCAUCAUCAUCGCCAUCAUCAAGAACUUCAAUGAAAAACAAUUCAACAACACAUGAUGCUUUGACACGUGCUGUUUACAAUAAGAGGGUGAAAAUGGUACCUGACAACAUUUCCUUCGAUUAUCACCAAAUAAAUGACUCUGACGAUGUUGAUGAGAACACAACCAGUAACAACACAACAUGUAAAAAUAAUUUUUCUAAGUACCCCAACGGUGAACGUAAUGUCGAUGAAGAUUACCAUAUUGAUGCAUCAAAUUGUAAUAAACAAAAUCAUUCGACAAGCGACAUCAAGCCAAUUACUUCCACAUAUUUGCUGAUGACAAGAAGUAUGGGACUUGCGGACGAAGACGCUCUCAAUCUGGUAAGUUAA